UUUACUGCAUCGAACUUUUUGCUCAAAGAAAUGGAGAAUUUGAUUUCUCUCGUGAACAAGAUUCAAAGAGCUUGCACCGCUCUUGGUGACCAUGGAGAGGCAAGCGCCUUGCCUACUCUUUGGGACUCUCUACCUGUGAUCGCUGUCGUCGGUGGUCAGAGUUCGGGGAAAUCUUCGGUGCUGGAAAGCAUCGUCGGCAAGGAUUUUUUACCGCGUGGAUCCGGAAUUGUUACUCGAAGGCCUCUGGUGUUACAGCUUCAUAAGAGUGAUGAAGGAAGCAGAGAAUACGCUGAGUUUCUUCACCUCCCAAGAAAAAGAUUUACCGAUUUUGCUGCUGUUAGGAAGGAGAUUCAAGAUGAGACGGAUAGAGAAACUGGGCGAUCCAAACAAAUUUCCAGUGUUCCAAUUCAUCUUAGUAUAUAUUCUCCCAAAGUUGUCAAUUUGACUCUGGUUGACCUUCCUGGUCUUACGAAGGUAGCUGUUGAGGGUCAACCAGAAAGCGUCGUACAAGAUAUCGAGAAUAUGGUUCGCUCCUACAUUGAGAAGCCCAACUGUAUAAUCUUAGCAAUUUCACCUGCUAAUCAAGAUCUUGCUACAUCAGAUGCAAUUAAAAUCUCCCGUGAGUUGGACCCUACAGGGGAGAGGACUCUUGGUGUCUUGACAAAGAUUGAUCUGAUGGAUAAGGGCACUGAUGCUGUUGAUAUAUUGGAAGGAAAAUCUUAUCGGCUGAAAUUUCCUUGGGUUGGUGUUGUGAAUCGCUCACAAUUAGAUAUUAAUAAGAAUGUUGACAUGAUUGCUGCUCGGCAUAGGGAGCGCGAGUAUUUUACUAGUACACCAGAGUAUAGGCACCUUGCUAACAGAAUGGGAUCUGAGCAUCUCGCUAAGAUGCUCUCAAAGCAUUUGGAAACUGUAAUCAAGUCCAGAAUUCCAGGCAUUCAGUCCCUUAUUAAUAAGACGAUUACUGAACUUGAAACUGAGUUGAGUCGCCUUGGAAGGCCUAUCGCUGCAGAUGCAGGGGGAAAGUUGUACACAAUCAUGGGGAUAUGCCGUCUCUUUGAUCAAAAUUACAGAGAACAUCUGGAUGGAGUGCGUUCUGGUGGGGAGAAGGUUUACAAUGUUUUUGACAACCAACUUCCUGCUGCUUUGAAAAGGUUGCAAUUUGACAGGCAACUAUCAAUGGAGAACAUUAAGAAGAUUGUUACUGAAGCUGAUGGUUAUCAACCACAUUUAAUAGCACCUGAACAAGGAUAUCGUCGUUUGAUUGAAUCUACUCUGGUUACUAUAAGAGGUCCAGCCGAGGCCGCUGUUGAUGCGGUUCAUUCUAUUCUGAAGGAUCUGGUUAACAAGGCACUCAAUGAGACUCCGGAGUUAAAGCAGUAUCCUGGUCUUAGAGUCGAGGUUGGAAAUGCUGCAAUCGAGUCUCUUGACAGAAUGAGGGAUCAUAGCAAGAAAGCAACACUUCAACUGGUUGAUAUGGAAUUUUGUUACCUUACAGUCGAGUUCUUUCGAAAGCUUCCUCAAGAUAUCGAGAAAGGUGGCAACCCUACACAAUCGAUAUUUGACAGAUACAAUGACUCAUACCUGAGGAGAAUAGGAACAACAGUUUUGUCUUAUGUUAAUAUGGUUUGCUCUAGUUUGCGCCACUCGAUUCCGAAGUCUAUCGUUUAUUGUCAAGUCCGUGAAGCUAAAAGAAGCCUGCUCGAUUUCUUUUACACUGAAUUGGGUAAACUGGAGGAAAAACGACUUUCGGCACUGUUGAAUGAGGAUCCAGCAGUGAGGGAGCGUCGCAGUGCUCUCGCGAAGAGGCUGGAGUUGUACCGGAGUGCACAAGCCGAAAUCGACACGGUUGCUUGGUCCAAGUAGGGUGGCAAAAUUGGAUUUUGAUUUGGGCAGACAAACAUCAUCCAUCCUUUCAUUUAUGAUAUGGAAAGAUAAAGAGUGGUCACGACGACUGGACUUGUUUUAGCUGUAUUUUCAUUUCAUGAACGGCAGUAGUUUAGUGGUUGAGUAUAGUUUUACAACCAUUCAUUGCGGGAGCAUCAUCAUUUGCUCUGUUUACUACAUAUAUAUAUAAAUCUA